CGCCGGCCGGGUCCCCGCAGCCAAUGGGAAGGCGGCGCGGCGCGCUCCCCCGGGGCUAUAAGCGGCGCCGGGCGGUGGAAAGUGAAAGUGGUGCGGGCCGCGCGGGAGCAGCCGCCGCCGGAGCCGCCCGGGCCCGGAGCCGCCCCAGCCCAGCCGCCGGGAUGCUCCGGGCGCCGGAGCCGCGGCCGGAGGAGGCGGAGGCGGCCGCUCGCGGCCCCAGGGCCGUUCCGCCAACCCCGUCCAAGCCGCUCACCUCCUUCCUCAUCCAGGACAUCCUGCGGGACGGCGUGGAGCGGCGCGGCGACCACACCGGCAGCCUGCGACCCCCGCGCCAGCCGGAUCCGAGGCGCGACCCUGCGCUGGAGCCGGGGGAGGGAGGCGGCGGCGCUAGGAUGCCGAGGGACGAGCCGACCUCCUGGUCCCACGCCGCCCCCGGGGAGGCCGACAUGCCGGCCGAGACCGAGCCAGAUGGGCACUUUGGGACUUAUCUGCUGGACUGUGAAGAUGCUCCAGGCACCUUACCAAGCCUUCCCCAGACCCCCAAGCAGCCGCAGAAGCGCUCACGAGCCGCCUUCUCCCACACCCAGGUCAUCGAGUUAGAGAGGAAGUUCAGCCAUCAGAAGUACCUGUCAGCCCCUGAAAGGGCUCACCUGGCCAAGAACCUCAAGCUCACAGAGACCCAAGUGAAAAUAUGGUUCCAAAACAGACGCUAUAAGACUAAGAGGAAGCAGCUCACCUGCGACCUGGGAGACUUGGAGAAGCACUCCUCCUUGCCUGCCCUGAAAGAGGAGGGCUUCUCUCCAGCCUCCCUGGUCUCUGUGUAUAACAGUUACCCCUAUUACCCCUACCUUUACUGCGUGGGCAGCUGGAGCCCGGCUUUCUGGUAAUGCCAGCUCAGAUGACAACCACAUAUGAUCAAAAACUGCCUUCCCCAGAGUGUCUCUGGGGAAAGAAAAAGGGGGCAAGGUCAGGGAGCAACGGCAGUUAAGAGCUGCACAGACCAAAGCCAUUGGAGGUUCGCCUGGAAAUCCCAGCAUCUUCCCUGGUGGGCCACUGACAGAUCUGGGACAGUGAAUGCUUUAAUAUCUAAAUAGUUCCCCCAGUGCAUACUGUAGGUCAUUGUUGCUUUUAGCUACCUGAUUAAAGUGGGGGGGGGAAUUAACUGCUGUCUCCAGUACUUUGUAUGAUUUUGAAUGAUCACCUGAGGUUCUGUUUCUACAACUUCAUCCUGUUGUGUAGCUGAGCAGCAACUCUGAAAGAGCAAACCUAAAGGUAGAGAGGACAGCCAAAACAAGGAUGUCACCCGCUGAAUUAAACUUCAGUUUUUGUUGGCCUUGGAAUAUGGCCAAGGUUUCUCUCUGUCCCUGUAAAACAGAGAGAAAACAGAGGGUCUCAAAGAGAAAGCCCUCAUGCUCAGCCCACAUUGGCAUGGGAGAGGCAGAGGGGUGGGGGGAGCUGAAAAUGUCAGCUUCCUCGUAUUCCUUUUAAAAUACUAUGCCAAUUUAAGUAUUUGCAGGGUGGCCCAAACAGAACAAGAUGCACUCACUGUGGUUUUAAGACAAGCUGUAUAAACAGAACUCUACUGCAAGGGGUGGGGCCGCGCCGGAAGAAUCUCCACAUGUCCAAGACAGGGGCCUAAGGACAGUCACUACUCUACUCCUGGGGCCACUUUUUAUUAGCAAAAGGUGGACUGGCCACUUCUGAACACUUUUGUCCUGGGCUAGAGAAUUUAGAAUUAAAAGUUUCCUGGAGUUUUCAGGCUAUCAUUCAUACUAUAUUAUGACAAAUGACAUAAUUCUUUACAAUAUGGUCCUUCCUUCCCUCCUUCUUUUAUUAUUUUUUGUUUGUUUUCCUCCAGCAAUCACCCUCUAAAG